CUUGAUUGGUAGGGCUGGAGCUAUGCUUAGAAGUCCAGCUCUAGAUGCCAUAGGCUGUGGUGGGAGAUUGGCGCCGGUAGCAAGAACACGGCCCAUGAGUUCUUCUUCCACGCUCUCAAUGGGGGGAAAUCUGGCCAGGAAUAACAUUGUAAGGAAGUUGCCCGUGCUUUUGUUUGAUGUCAUGGGCACCAUCGUGCGCGAUCCAUUCUACAAGGAUGUUCCAGCAUUCUUUGGGCUUUCUAUGAAGGAGCUUCUGGAGAUCAAACACCCAACUGCGUGGAUUGAGUUCGAGAAAGGAUUGAUCACAGAGGAACAGCUCAAGCACAGAUUUUUUAACGAUGGCAGGGACUUUGAUCUUCAAGGACUCAAGAGUUGCAUGGUGGCUGGCUAUGAAUUCAUCGAAGGAAUGGAAGAGCUUCUUUGUAGCUUGAAAUCCUCGGGCUUUGAAAUGCAUGCCUUCACAAACUAUCCAGACUGGUAUAUGCUGAUUGAAGACAAGCUUCAGCUCUCUCGCUACCUGGAAUGGACGUUUGUCUCGUGCCACACAGGCAAACGAAAGCCUGAAAUUAAUGCCUAUUUGGACGUUUUGCAAAAACUGCAAGUGGAUUCAUCAGAUUGCACAUUUGUUGAUGAUCAGAGGAGGAACGUUGAAGCUGCAAAGUCAUUGGGCAUCAACGCUAUUAUAUUUGAAAGCUUUGAAAAUCUAUGCGAUAAACUCGCCCAUCUCAAAUCAUUGUAGACUAAGUUCUGAGUCGAGACCCCAUAUCUUAUGCAAGAAUUUCAAUCAUUGCUCUAAAAAGCGCAGAUUUCCUUGCUCUUUAGCGCAAAUUUCCAUGAA